UGACCUAAGAAUGGUUAUACAUCUUUUUGAUGGUUGAAAAAAAAUCAAAAGAAGAAUACCAUUUCCUGACAUGUGCAACUUAUAUGGAAUUCAAAUCUCAGUGUCCAUAAACAAAGUUCUCUUGGAACACAGCCCGCUGUCUAUUGUCUCACGGCUGCUUUCCCUCUGUUAGAGCAGAUCCGAGUAGUUGGGACAGAGCCCAGAUGGCGGGAAAGCCUGAAGUUCUGACCCUCUGACCCUCUGCAGAGGACUUGCUGAUCCCCAAUCGAGAAUGAAGAAGUGGCCACGUUAUUGAAUGCUCUUCAGGUUGGGCCACACUCGGGACACUGUAUCCUGACUCGGCAUCUAAUUGAGUGUGGAAUGGGUUCAGAGAAGAGUGACUAGGACCACGAAGAGUGACUGGGAUGGUGCAAACCAAGUCAUGUGAGAACUGGUUGAGGGAAUGUUUAAUUUACAUGGGGAAGGCACAGGGGAGCAAUAGCUGCCUUCUAAGUUCAUGCUUGUUAAUUGUUUUGAAUUCUUGGAGAGAAUCAUUCGGCAAAGGCAGUUAUGUAUGUAGUUAUUUCAGAGGGCACGCUGACCUUGAGUCAGAACAUGUGGCUUCAAGUUCAGACUUCUUGCUUUCUCUGGGUUUCAGUUUCUUCACCUCGAAGAUGCUCACCAGAUGACCAGGUGCACAGUGAAUUAAGAGUCAGCUUUCACCUUAGAGGUGCUUUCAGGCCAGUAGGGGACACAUCAUGAACACACCUACCUGCAGCGUGGACGGAGUGCAGAAGGAGCCCCUGGGGGAGGGAGUCGUGCUGCUGAGGGGCUGCUGAGAAUCAGGCCUGGAGAAGAAGUGGGAUCCCGGCACCUUCAGCCCAAAGCAUCCUGUGAUUCUGUGAAAGAUUUUAAGAAUUGUCAUACAGAAGAGGAAUCAGACAUGCUUCAUGGCCCCAAGCAAUAACGAUUUAAAUUGUGUUUACAGAUCUGAUCACAUCAGCCUCUUGCUGAAAACCCUUGGGAGGCUUUCCUUGCUCUUCAGCUAAACUCAGCAUCUCUCACAGCAUCCAGAGGCCCUGCUGAUCUGAGCCUGGCUGGCCGUCCUCGCAUUCCUGGGCUCGUGAACUCUUGUCCAUCCCCUGGGUCUCAGCGCCGCCUCUCAUCCGAUGCAGGUCUAGGUCAGGUUCCCAUAUUACCUCUGCUGACAGAGCCACAUUUCUUUCCUCUGGGCCAUUCCUCCGCUGUGCUUCAAACACACCUGGAGGGUUCAUCUGUGGAUUGCCAGGAUAGUCCAGUCCGUCUUGUUCACAGCUGUAGCAUCAGCUCUUGGCACAGUGCCUAGCCUGCAAAAGGAGCUUAAUCUAUAUUCAUAGAAUAAUGAUAGACUUUGAUCAGGAAAGAGAAACAUUCCAGCAAAGGAAAUGGACUCCCACAAAAAGGAGUGAGUUCCCGGAAGAGAGGAAAUGACCAAGUUCACUCCUGGAUACUAGUCACCAGCCACGCCUUAGAUAUUGCGUGGGGAAUAGCAAAGGGGUCCGUGAUGGUGGCGGUUUCCUUUCUGGUGGCCACCCUCUGCUACUUCAGAAGGCUGCAUUUCCAUUUAGGGCACCGGCUGAAAUGGUGGAGUGGAUAUCUGCAAAGAAAAUUCAAAAGGAACCUCAGUGUGGAGGCAGAAGUGGAUUUACUCAGCUAUUGUGCAAGAGAAUGGACAGGGGACACGCCCCGUGCCAAGCUGAUGAGGAAGGCUUAUGAGGAGCUGUUUUGGCGGCGUCACAUUAAGUGUGUUCGACAAGUGAAGAGAGAUAACUACGAUGCACUAAGAUCAGUGUUAUUUCAGAUAUUCAGCCAGGGCCUCUCUUUUCCAUCCUGGAUGAGAGAAAAAGACAUUGUUAAGCUUCCUGAAAAACUGCUCUUUUCACAAGGUUGUAAUUGGAUCCAGCAAUACAGUUUUGGUCCUGAGAACUACACAGGUUCAAAUGUGUUUGGAAAAUUGCGUAAAUGUGUGGAAUUAUUGAAAACACAGUGGACUGAAUUCAGUGCAAUUAAAGAUUAUCACAAGAGAGGAAGUAUGUGCAACAUCCUCUUCUCGGAUGCCAUUCUGGAGUAUAAACUGUAUGAAGCUCUCAAGUUCAUCAUGCUCUAUCAAGUCACUGAAGUUUAUGAACAAAUGAAGAUGAAAAAGGUCAUUCCCAGUCUUUUCAGACUCCUGUUUUCCCGGGAAACAUCAUCUGAUCCUUUGAGCUUCAUGAUGAAUCACCUAAAUUCUGUAGGCGACACAUGUGGACUAGAGCAGAUUGAUAUGUUUAUACUUGGAUAUGCCCUUGAAGUCAAGAUAAAAGUGUUCAGACUGUUCAAGUUUAAUUCCAGGGACUUUGAAGUCUACUACCCACAGGAGCCACUCAGGGAGUGGCCAGAGAUCUCCCUGCUGACUGAGAAUGACCGCCACUACCACAUUCCUGUCUUUUGAGUCUGGCGAGGACCAGGCACCUGCCAAUGACAGUGGUCACACUUGCAAGUAAAGUGUUCCUGGAAAACCAAAGCUAGUGUUGCAGCCACUGAAGGAAUUAGGACCUUCUCCGAACUACAGGUACACAAGAUGCAACAGUGCACAGGUGGCUUUUCUUUGUCUUUCAGUGAUUUCCUCCAGAGCAGCUGCACUAAUAUAUUUGUGGGCUUGUGGUUUGACCUUGUUCAUAAAGGCCCUGGCCACUUUACACAUGGCGGGACUUGAAGAGCAUGAGAAUGUUUAAUUUGGACAAGAACAACAACAGGAAAAAAGAGAGAAGGAAAUUCAUAGGAAAAAAGACCAACCUAGAAAGAAUGAAUUUGUUUUUAACUUUUACGUUCUUCAUUAAGAAUCAUAUCUUUGGUUGAUUUUGGAGCCUCAUAAACAUGGUCUUAUUUUAUAAGCAUUACCUUCCCAGGAAUCUAUGGUAUAUCGAUUUUCUAGACCCAGUUGAUUAACUGUAAAUUAUGGGUGCAUGUACACACACACACCCGUAUGUAUACAUGUAUAGUUUUACAUAUACACAUACACACAAAAAACCACUACUUUGUAAUGUUGUACAAUGUGUUUUAUAUCUCCUUACAUUUUCUUUUUACAUUUUUUAUUGUUGCAUCU